UCUUCUUCAGAGGGUCACGUUUUGAAGUCCUACAUGAAUGACGUCAAAGGACAGGUCUCGUUUCCAAUUAUCAUGUCAACUGAAUACACUCUCAUCAAAUAGUCAGAAUGAUAAUCAUACCAUUCAUCGGAGUUUUCUUCAGUUUACAAGCGGUCAGUGCUCUAGACUUUCCGAUGACUUGGCAGGAGUUGUCGUCCCUGUGCUAUCAGGUACUGUUGUUGGACUGCAAUAAAGGGUACAUCGCUGAUGGCGACGAGAGAUUGUGCAGUACCGACGGAGUCACUUACCAAAAUUUUUGUUUAUAUGCCCAGGGCCGAUGUCGAAAGCCGGAUAUCACACUAGCCUAUUUUGGAGAGUGUUUGAAUUCAACCAAUUCGGAUAUUAGUGGUGGUCCCAUGUCGUCUACCCCACCACCGCAUACCACAACGCAGGACAUCAUAGUCCAGGUAUUUUGCGCCCAAGCCACACUAGAUUCGUGCCCACUUGAAUUGGAUCCGGUAUGUGGCACCGAUGGAAAUUUCUACCGAAACGAGUGUUUUUUCGCCAUUGCAAAAUGCACGCAGAAUUCAUUACAAACACAAGUGCUGGAAAACUGUAGUACCGACCAACUCUCUGUCGACAAGUCGUCACCGAGUCCUAGUAUCUCCAGUAUCAUCGGUAGGAAGAAAUAACCGCUUUUACAUUCUGUAGUGUUGAAAUAGACAGACUGGAAGAAAGUUGGUGGAUGUAAAAUUAAAAUCAAUGGAACUAACAUGAAAGUUUGUCGUUGACUGUGAUGAACCGAGACUCUCACAAACUCUUGCGUCAAGGUUCACGAUUUCAACUUGAAUGUUGAAAUUCAACUUUUACAAAGUAUUUAUUUAUUCAUUUUCUCAACAAGUCAUUGAGCUGUUGUGUAUCCGUUUCAUGAAUAUGUGUAUUAACCCGCAAUUAAAUGUGUACAGAU